CCGUUAGCCUUUCUUCCUUUUCCGGUAUGAUGUGCCACGGUUGCUUGGGUAAUAUUUUUCGUCUUUCAUUCUCGUCAUGAUACGUUAGUUUCACCGCCUGCGAAAGCACAAGCUGGUUUUCAUUGGACCGGGUAAAACUACUUGUUUUAUUAGAAAUAAUUUUUUUCCUAUUGUACCUAAUAUUUUUACUGUUUCAAUUCAAUCAAAUUUGCCUUCUAUCUCUACCCAAUCUGAUGUAAAACGACAGCUUUUACGUAUUACGUUGCUUUAUAAAACCGCUUAUUCACUUUGCAUGUUGACACCAUUGACAUUCGUGUAAUAUUCAUCUUAUUAUAUAUAAUUUUAUAAUUAUGUCUGUUUUAAGAUUAAGUCUCUGAGCUCACAAAUAAUAUUGUAUAUUUAUGAUUCGUAUGCAUAUCUCCAUAUUAGUCGAAUUUUUCUGAGGUAUCUGUCACAAAUUUUGGUGUUGAUCAAGUCAAAUUUAGCUAUUACAACUGAAAUAAUUAUAUUUUUUCCUACAUUUUAAUACAUUUUAACGUAUAAUUUCUGUAAAAUGAGAAAAAAAUAUAAUAUCGAAUUGAACGUAUAUACGGAUUUCAUAGCAUAGAGUACUCGAUCACCGCAAUUGCGUAUAUACACAGCAAUCGAAAAACUCGCCAGGCAUUCUGGGUAAAAUUUCCGUGAGUAAUCAAAAUGGCUGUCAUACAACGAUUUCCGUUUUGCGACUACGUUUUAAUGUAAUUCAUUAAAUGAUAUUUGUUUUGAAAAGUUAUUGGGAGUAAAAUUGUAGAAUAUAAAUAUUUCUUUUAUCAGGAAACAGGUUUUCCAGAAUUUGAUAUUAAAUUGGUAAAAGAUGUAAUUUUUGUUACAUUUGUAGGGCGUUCAUUUUACUAAAGGGUGUAGAUGAAAGAAAGAGUGGGGGAGAGCGCGCGCGCAUUGCACUAUGGGUUAGUGACGGGACGACAGUCGGGGAGAGGAAGAACAAGUUGAGUUCAUAAAAUGGCGGCCAAGCUCGGGCCUGUGACCAUAUAGUACGUGAGAAUUCGAUAAUUUUGUAUGAUGUAGCGACUUUACACAUCAAUAGUCGUUUAAUAUUGUGGAUACGUAUAUACACAGCAGUUUAAUUAUUAAAUUAACGUGAUUUUGUGUGUGGUACGUGUAAUAUUGAGAUAUCGGUACGACGCGCAGACGGAACGAUGCAGAAAACAUUAGAAUCCGAGUCCGGUAAAGAAUCUGGAUCUGAUUCUGAAAAUGAAAGUAAAAGUGAUAGCUCUUCUUCUGGAAGUAAUACAGGAUCUGGUUCUGGCUCAGAAAGUGACUCUAGCUCCUCAAGUGGUUCCGGGUCUGGAUCAGGUUCUGAUUCUGAUAAAUCAGACAAGUGGGAUGCACCUGCACAAAGUUCAAAUCACAGCACAGAAACAAAAGUUAAGCUUAAAAAUGAGUCUAGUCGCGAGUGGGAUGAGAAUCCUGACAUUUAUGGAAUCAGAAGAUCUGGCCGUUCUAGGAAAGAGCCAGAAAGGCUUGCUACCCAACGUGAAAGCGAUAGCGAUAGUCGCAAGAAAUUUAAGAAAAGGGGUUCACAUAAUUCAUGGAAUUCGGAUAGUUCAGAUUCAGAAUCUGAUGAUGUUGAAAGUAGAAGACCCCCACCUAGUAAAUCGUUAAACAGACGCGCUGCACAAAAAGCCAAAGAAAAGUCAAGGGCACGAAAGAAACGAAUUUCGGAAUCAUCCGAAAAUUCUUCUUUUGAUAGUGAUGAUAACAGACGGCAAGUUACAAGAAGAACUGGAACUGCUAUUAGUUAUAAAGAAGAAAGUGAAGAAAGAACUGACAGUGAAGAUCUUGUAGAGGUUGAAGAAGGUAGCACUGCAAAUACAGAACCAGAUAAUGCAGAAACUAUUGAACGAAUUUUAGGACAAAGAAUUGGUAAAAAAGGAGUCGUAGGAAAUGUUACAACAAUUUAUGCUGUAGAAGAAAAUGGUGAUCCAAAUCCAGAAGACUUAUCCAAUGAAGAAACUGAACUGCAGUAUUUAAUAAAAUGGAAAGGCUGGUCUCAUAUACACAACACGUGGGAAUCAGAAGAAUCAUUAAAAGCACAAAAAGUAAAAGGAUUAAAAAAAUUAGAUAAUUUUGUUAAACGGGAGCGGGAAAUUAAACAAUGGAGGGAUUAUGCCGGUCCCGAAGACAUAGAUUAUUUUGAAUGUCAAUUGGAACUUCAACAAGAUCUUCUAAAAAGUUACAAUAAUGUUGAAAGAAUUAUUGCUGAAUAUAAUAAGCCUGAUUCAGAUCAUCCGGAUUAUUAUUGUAAAUGGGAAAGUUUACCUUAUGCUGAAGCUACAUGGGAAGAUGGAGUAUUAAUUAUUAAAAAGUGGCCAGAGAAAAUUAAAGAAUUUCGUGAAAGAGAAGAGUCAAAGAGAACACCAAGUAAACAUUGUAAAGUUCUUAAAUCUCGACCUAAAUUCCAUCAAUUAAAAGGACAACCAGACUAUAUGGGAAAAGGGCGAGAUUUAACUCUCAGAGACUAUCAAAUGGAUGGAUUGAAUUGGAUGAUCCAUUCUUGGUGCAAAGAAAAUAGUGUUAUUUUAGCAGACGAAAUGGGUCUUGGUAAAACCAUACAAACAAUAUGCUUCCUUUAUUAUUUAUUCCAUACACACCAGCUUUAUGGGCCAUUUUUAUUAGUAGUCCCUCUUUCGACAAUGACUUCCUGGCAAAGAGAAAUGUCACAAUGGGCACCAGAUAUGAAUUUUGUUACAUAUUUGGGUGAUGUAACAUCUCGUAAUGUUAUUAGAGAGUAUGAAUGGUGUUAUAGUUCAAAAAGAUUAAAAUUUAAUGCAAUACUCACGACAUAUGAGAUAGUACUUAAGGAUAAAGCAUUUCUGGGUGCCUUAAAUUGGGCCGUAUUGUUAGUAGACGAAGCACAUCGAUUAAAAAACGAUGAUUCUCUCUUAUAUAAAGCCCUUGCUGAAUUUCAUACAAAUCAUCGUCUCUUAAUAACUGGUACUCCAUUACAGAACAGUUUGAAAGAACUAUGGGCCUUACUACAUUUCAUAAUGCCUACCAAAUUCAGUUCAUGGGAAGAAUUUGAAAAAGAGCAUGACAAUGCUGCUCAGAAAGGAUAUUCCAAAUUACAUAAACAAUUAGAACCAUUUAUUUUACGACGUGUUAAAAAAGAUGUAGAAAAAUCUCUACCUGCUAAAGUUGAGCAAAUACUACGAGUGGAAAUGACAUCUUUACAAAAACAAUAUUACAAAUGGAUAUUAACUAAAAAUUAUAAUGCAUUGCGGAAAGGUGUUAAAGGUUCUACCAUGACGUUUCUAAAUAUCGUCAUUGAAUUGAAGAAAUGUUGUAAUCAUGCUUUUCUUACAAAACCUACUGAAAGUGAAAGGAAGGACAAUAAUGAAGAUUACUUACAACAAUUGAUUAGAGGUUCUGGCAAAUUAGUUCUUCUUGAUAAAUUAUUGGUGAGAUUACGAGAAACUGGUCAUAGAGUAUUAAUAUUUAGUCAAAUGGUCAGGAUGUUAGAUAUUCUUGGGGAAUAUCUGCAAAAGAAACAUUUUCCAUUCCAAAGAUUAGAUGGAAGUAUAAAAGGAGAACUACGAAAACAAGCUCUAGAUCAUUUUAAUGCAGAAGGAUCACAAGAUUUUUGCUUUUUAUUAUCAACAAGAGCAGGUGGUCUUGGUAUUAAUCUUGCUACUGCUGAUACCGUUAUUAUUUUUGAUUCAGAUUGGAAUCCGCAAAAUGAUUUACAAGCACAAGCUAGAGCACAUCGUAUUGGUCAAAAAAAUCAGGUAAAUAUUUAUCGCUUAGUGACAAAAAAUUCUGUAGAAGAAGAGAUAGUAGAAAGAGCAAAGCAAAAAAUGGUUCUGGAUCAUCUUGUAAUUCAACGGAUGGAUACAACUGGUCGAACAGUAUUAGAUAAAAAAAAUGCAGGGACCAAUAAUAAUCCAUUUAACAAAGAAGAUUUAAAUGCUAUUUUAAAGUUUGGAGCUGAAGAUUUAUUUAAAGAUGAAGAAGAUGGAGAUGAAGAACCUACUUGCGACAUUGACGAAAUUUUGAGGAGGGCGGAAACGAGGGAUGAAGGACCUUCAACAGUAGGAGAUGAAUUGUUAUCUGCAUUCAAAGUUGCUAGUUUUGCUGCAUUUGAAGAAGAAUCCGAACCAGUUAAUCAACCCAAUGAUAAUGAUGAUGAAAGUAAAGAUUGGGCUGAAAUUAUUCCAGAAAAUUUUAGGAAAAAAGUGGAAGAAGAAGAAAAAUCAAAAGAAAUGGAAGAUUUAUAUUUACCUCCAAGAAGUCGGAAAACGUUGCAACAAAUUAAUCAAAGUGGUGAAGCAAGAGGACGAAAGAGAAAGAAGUUAUCUGCCGAUGAUAGUGAUGAAGGUGAGGAUUCUGGAAGUGAGGCUGAAGGUAGUGACGAUGAACGUCCUAAAAAAAGAGGUAGACCAAGAGUUACACCACGAGAAAAUAUUAAAAGUUUUACUGAUGCAGAGAUACGGAGAUUUGUUAAAAGUUAUAAGAAAUUCCCUGCACCGUUGAAACGAUUAGAUGAUAUUGCGGCGGACGCAGAAUUACAAGAAAAGCCAAUGUCAGAAUUACGUUUCUUAGGAGAUCAAUUAAAAUCUAGAUGCGAAGCUUGUUUAUCUGAAUUUGAAAGUACCGCAAAAGAAAAUAAAGGUGAAGAGGAAGGUAAAGGUCCUGGUCGUAAAAGAGGUAGAGGUCCUACAUUUAAAAUUGGCGGUGUUAUGGUCAAUGCAAAAUCAUUCUCAGCUGCAGUAAAGGAAUUAGAACCUUUAGAACAGGCUUUACCUUCUGAUUUCGAACAGCGGUCUAAUUGGCAUAUUGACAUCAAAUUGAAACCGGCAAAUUUCGAUUGUGAUUGGAGUUCUGAAGAUGAUUCUAGACUUUUAAGAGGUAUAUAUCAACACGGCAUGGGUUCGUGGGAAGUCAUAAAAAUGGAUAAUAAUUUAAAAUUGGGCGAUAAACUUCUUCCAAAUGGUAGUAAGCUUCAAUUUAAAAAAAUAAACACCCGAGCCGAAUAUCUACUAAAAGUGCUCAAGAAACAAAUCGAUUCGAAAUUAGGAGUGAUUAAGGCAAGGAAACCGAGGAAACCAAAAGAGACAAAAACUGCAAUUACAAAAGAAAUUAUAGAAGAAAAUGAUAGUUCAGCUGAAGAGAGCAAUAAAUCUAAAUCCAAAAUUGAAAAGCCAUCGAUGAAAAAAGAAGAAGAAGUUGUUAUAAAAAAAGAAAUUAAAGAAGAAAUUGAAGAGAUAGUUGAAGAGAAGAAAAAAGAGAAGAAAACUAAAAAAGAAAAAAAAGAAAAAAAAGUUAAGAAAACAAAACAAGCAGCAGGUCCGAUGCAUUUCACUGCUAACAACGAACCAAGAGCUCUUGAUGUUCUUGGUGAUUUAGAUCCUUCUAUAUUUAACGAGUGUAAAGAAAAAAUGAGACCAGUGAAGAAGGCGCUUAAAGCUUUGGAUAGACCAGAUCAAUCUUUAAGCGAAACGGAACAAGUCGCUCACACGAGGCAAUGUCUUGUACAAAUUGGAAAUCAAAUUAACACUUGUUUAGAAGAAUAUAGAGAUCCUGAACAAAUAAAAGAAUGGAGAAGUAAUUUAUGGUACUUCGUAUCGAAAUUUACGGAAUUUGAUGCCAAGAAACUUUAUAAAUUGUAUAAACAUGCGACAAAAAAAGGCGGUGAAAGUAAUACAAGUGCAACGUCGAGCCCAGAAAAGAAAGAAGAAUCAAAUAAUAUAAAGAAGCACGAAAAACAUAUCGAUAAACAAGUAGAAAAUAUUAAAGAUAGUAGAUUACAAAAACGAAAGAUUGAAGAUAUAGAAGAAAAUUCAAAUAGCAGCAGUACACCGAAUAAGAAACAUCUUUCAAUUAUAUCUGCUGUAAACAGUAUCAGCAAUACUUCUGCUGUUACUAUUGGUGCUACCACUAUCACACCCAUUACAUCGACUCCAAAUUCCACUUCAAGUACCACUAAUAGUGUGGAUACUCCGCGACACAAAGAAAAGGAAUCAAAACAUAAAGACAUGAAAAGAGAGAGAGAACGUGAUAGAGAUAGAGAUAGAACUCAUAGUGAUAGAGGUAUGGACAGAAUGAGUGGAAGUAAAGAUGAACGAAUUAGGAGAGAUAGUGGCGGUUAUAGUAUAAGUGGACAUUACAGUGGAAGUAGAGAAGACGACCAUUGGUUAUCCCGUGAUGGAAGAGAUAUGCGAGAUGGAAGGUUUGGAGAUCACAAACGUGAUCGUUUCGAUCCUUAUGGCCGAAUGUCUAGUGCAUAUCAUCGUGACAGAGAUCGCGAUCGUGAUCGCAGUAUGCAUAUGAAUGAUAAACGAAGUGAUUAUUAUAGAUAUUCAUCAGGACCACCCAGUUAUGGAUAUGGUCCAGGAGGAUAUGGAGGUGGAGGUGGUGGUGGUUAUCCAUCUGAUAUUCCUCCAAGCCAUUUUAGAAGUCGAGGUUAUCCAGGAGAUAAUUAUCCUAACGAUUGGCGACCAACUAAGGAUUAUAGACGAGAUUAUGAUAGAAGACCACCUCCGCCAAAUGCUAACUCCUAGUGCUCCUUCCUUGUUACCGUUCUCGAAUGUGUCGUUGAACGGUUAUAAUGGAGCCUUAUAUUGUUUUACCUGACUGAUCAUUUUCAAUGCUCCUUUAAAUGUGGCUAUACGCAAAUUCCUUACAUAAUUUCGUGACUUGUAAUCUAUGUAUAAAAUUUAUUCUAAUGUUUACUUAAUAUGCAAAGGAUUACCGUGAUUAAAUGGUCUUUUAAGACUUUUAAAGAGAGGUUGUGCAAGAAUAAUUUUAUAUACGUCAAGUUUCUUGAAAACAUAAUGAUGCUGAAUUCUUAAGUUUCUAUUCACUAAUGUUACAUGAAAGAAAUUAUUUGUUUAUGUAUUUGAAUCCGUUUUAUUACAGUGCAAUUAUGAUAAGAUUUGAUAAUGAACUAAAAUCAAGUUAAUGUGUUGUAGUACAUAUUAUUAUAUAUAACGUUAAAAUUCGUAAUUUAAAAUGUAUGCCUUCCUAAAUCGCAUGUAACAUAUUUUGCAUUUUCAAUACUGAUCAUGUAUGUUCAAUGGAUGUUCAGCUUAUAUACAGUUAUUCGUCAUUUUAAACCAUACUAUGUUUGAACAUGUUUCCAAAUUUUCAUGAUUGAGUUAUAGUUUAAUAAUUAACCUUUCAUUAAUUGAUAUUUUAUUGCACUGCAAUAGAUAUUAAAGUACUAUUGGGAGCUAAAAAGAAAUUUUGCGAUAGAAAUUCGAAUCUGAUUGUAUUUCUCUGACAAACUUAAUACA